AGCCUGGAAUCAUGACGAAAUUUGAAGCCUGAAACUACCAGUAAAUCUGAACACAUGUUAACACGUCAUGUUAACGUCAUUUGAAAUCUAAUCCCUUUGAUGUCGUCUGUUUAACAGAGAAAUGAUAUUUGGACUUGUUCACCCUCUGUUGGAUAUCACAGCUAUUGUUGAUCAGGAGUACCUGGACAGAUACGGCUUGAAGGAAAAUGAUGGAAUCUUAGCUCAAGAGAAACACAAAGAAAUAUAUGCAGAGUUAUUGAACGGUUGUCGGUAUAAAGUGAAGAAAAUACCUGGAGGAGCGACACAGAAUGCCUUACGAAUAGCACAGUGGUACUUGAAAAAAAAACAUGCAACCACUAUUGUCGGAUGCAUUGGUGGUGACAAAGUAGGAGAGGACAUGAGAGAACAGCUAGAACGAGAAGGCUGCAGAACAGAGUACAUGGUGGACCCUGAAGCUACAACAGGAUUAUGUGCUGUGCUAAUAUCAUCAGGGUCUAACUCCAGAUCUCUGGUGACCAGGUUAGACGCUGCUAACCUCUACAAACACAGUCACCUGGUGUCUGAUAGCGUGUGGAGAUGUUUGGAGGAGUCUUCUUUCUUCUACAUGUCGGGUUUCAUGCUGAACUUCUCGUCUGACACGAUGGUUGUUAUUGGUGAACAUGCUGUGGAGAAGAACAAGUGCUUCAUGUUAAACCUCAGCGCCCCGUAUCUCAGCUCUCUUUUCAAGAAAGUUCUCCCCUACUGCGAUAUCAUUGUGGGGAAUAGCGACGAAGCGGCUACCCUUGCUAAAAACUUUGAGUUCAAUACAACAGAGUUACAUGAUAUGAUACGAAUGCUUGCAGACAUGCCCAAGGUGAAUGAGAAGAGGAAAAGAAUCGUGCUUAUCACUCAACAAGAAGACCCUGUCUUAGUCUAUUCAGAGGGUAAAACGACUGAGUAUCCAGUCCUUCCCAUAUCCCCGGAGGAUAUAGUCGAUACAAACGGUGCUGGUGAUGGAUUCGUUGGAGGAUUUCUCGCAAGUUACGCUCUUAACAAGCCCUUAGAGGAUUGUGUACGGAAUGGAAUUGUAGCUGCUCAUAUGAUAAUACAAGUCUGUGGAUGUACUCUUCCUAUUAGAGACUAAAAGAGACCAUCUUAGGAUUCAAAUUUCCUUCUUUCUAAUGCAUGCAUCAUACCAGAUUGUUAGAGCUAGUUCUUAGAUAAGGUUAAUUGUUCUGCAGUGUUGGUAGAGUUAAAACAAUUUAUGAUUGUGAAGUUUUGUUACUUUAAUAUUUGGGCAGCAAGCCUGAUAAACAGAUUUAUUAAUAUCGAAAAACUGAAAAAUGGGGUCCAGACUCCAGCAGAGACAUAUUUUUUUAAUCUUAAUGUUAUAAUUUGAAUUGCCACAACCGAUUUUUACUGUAAGUUACUGUAAUUGUUUUGUUAUCGAUCACAUAUUUCCGUUUCCUUUUGAAAUUGUUAUUUCACUUUGAAGUUCUUGUUACUAAGUACAAUAACUACC